AUGUUGUGGGGUUUAGCUUGUGACUGCGGUUUUGGCCUCGUGUCGCCCGAUUCCGGGACGAAUCCCGCGUUGGAGAGCUCUAAACUUUUUGGUGAUGAGAUCACGUCGAUAAAUUUUCGCAAUCUCUGCGCGUAUUCGGUGAAUCGAUCGGCGGAUUCGCUCCGGCGGAAGUUCCGAUCGCUCGAUCUCCCGCGGUUCCCGUGGCCAUGGCUUCCGGCCAGACCGUCUCGACGAUCCUCUACUCCUCCGUGCCGGACGACGACGUCGAGUCCUCCGACGGCACCGACGACCCGUACCUCGACGGCCAGCACCAUCUCCAGGCUCGCAGCAACCUCUCCCGGCUGUCCGUGUGCAACAGCAGCUUCUCCUGCGCCGACGACGAGGACGAGGCGGACGUGUACUCCGAUUUCUACGGCGGCGGUGGCGGCGGCGGCGGCGGGGGGAGGCGGCGGGGGAGAAGGAGUGGUGGAGGGGGCCGCGGCCGUGGUGUCGAGCUACCUGGCGAAGCUGUCCGUGGAGAGCUUCGACGGGGACGCCGACGAGGAGCUCUCGGACGAGAAGGAGCGGCUGCGCGGCUUCGGCAGCGUGGCCGAGCUGACGUCGGACUCCGACGAGGAGCCGGAGUGCUACUCGCUCCCGGCGACGCCGCCGCGGCGGAGGAGCCGCGGGGUGGGGUCGGCGAAGCGGGGCGCGGCGGGGCUGAAGGAGUACGCGAGCGAGAGCGAGGGGCGGGCGGCCGGGAGUGCGAGGAAGUACGCGAGGAGGAGGAUCAUAAGGGAGAGGUUCGCGAGGAGCGGCAACAGCUUCAGCGAGGAGAGCGAGAAGCUCAAGAGGGACGAGCAUUGCUGCUACAGCUUCAGUGGGGAGAGCGAAGGGGGCGGCGGGGGGUUGAUGGUGAUAACGAGGCCCAAGGGAGGGCGGAGGAGCCUGUGCAUGGACCUGGAGGAGGUGAAGGCGUGCCGGGACCUGGGGUUCGAGCUGGAGCACGAGCGGAUGGUGGAGGUGCCGAGCCGGCUCUCGAUCAACGGAUCCCCGCUCGACACGAGCAGUGGCGGGAACUCUCCCAUCGCCAAUUGGCGCAUCUCGAGUCCCGGUGACGACCCGCGCGAUGUGAAGGCACGGCUUAAGGUCUGGGCGCAGGCGGUGGCGAUCGCAUCCACGUCGCGGCACGGCAACUGAGUUUUUUUUUCCCACUUGGCUGAUCUUUUUCUACUAUAGUUUUUCGUUUCCGGCUUGAAAUUCCUCCUCCUCCUUUCGAAAUUUUUUCGUUGUUUUCGGUUUUUUCAUUCGUGGAUGGUCGAGAUUGAGGGAGAGGGUCCUUCGAUCUCUACUCUCUGCAAGAGGAAGAGAGCAUCUUUCGCUUUUUAGGGGGGAUUGAAUUCGCCAGAGCUUUGGCGUGGCGUUUUCCUUUUUUCAGCAGCCAGUCCUCUGGACUUGGGUUCCAGGGACUGGUGCGGUCUUCAGGGGGUCUUUGGCGAUCCUGAGGUUGUUGAUUAUCACUCAUCACUGUUCAUCACUUUCUGUACAUAUAUUAUCAUGUCGAUCGGCUGUGAAUACAAUAAGAAUUCGUGUAGGUAAAAGAUCGAUC